AUGAUAACAAGAAGUAUUAAUUCAAACUUAAAAUUAGUGAUAAGAAAGAUGGACAUCUUUGGAUAGCCAAUAAAUCUAAAUCUAGAUCUUAAAUCUAAGUACCAGACUUUCUUGGGAGGAUUUGUUUCGAUGUUCAUAGUCCUAUUAUUGAUUGGUUACAGUGUUAAUGAGAUCAUUGGAUAUACAAUAUAAAGAGGAAUAUAAAUUACUUAGGAAGUAAUAUUCUCAUAUUAUUGAUAAUAGACAAGAUUCAAUUAUGAUCCUGAUGUGUUAGUACUUAACAAUAAGAAUUUCAUUUUUGCUAUUAGAGUUGAAUAAGAAAGUUUCUAUUAGUUUCCUUAAUUCGAUAUUCAAGUUAGAUAAUACCAAAAUAAAAAAGAAGUUUCAAUGGAGUUGCAAUAGUGUACUUUCUAACAAUUCAUUAAUGUUUUAAAUUCGAGUUAAGUGCUUGAUUUCUUAUAAGCAAACUAAGUUGAUACUUGGUUAUGUCCAAAAUCUGAAUUCUAAAUUGAAUUAGAAGGAACAUAAUUUUGUAUGUAAUCAUAUUUUGAAAGGAAAGCUGCUUAAUUUUCAAAUUUGAUGAUUGAGAUUGGUGAAUGCAAGUUAAGGAGUUCUUGGGGUAGUGAAUGUCAGACAAGAACAUAGAAGGAUAGUUAUAAGUUAUAGAUGAUUACAAAAAAUACAGUAUUUAUAAAUAGUAUAAGGUUUUAGUUUAUCAAUCCAUUUAAUAAUGAAUUUGUAGCUGAAGAUUACUUAGACAAUUCUAUGAGUUUGUACUUCUAACCAGGAGAUCUGUAGAGAAUAGAUUAUCAAUUUCAUAAGCACAUUACAAAAGAUUAUCAGGGACAAAUUAAAAUAGAGUAGAGAUGCCAAUAAUAUUAGAGGAUUACUAGAUGAAUAAGAGUGGAAUAUCUUUUCGACAAAUUCAUUCAAACAGAUCUAUGAAGGCAAGAACAAUUUAGUAUGGUCUCGUAUAGUGUUUAUGCGAAGCAAUUUCUCUACUAAUUAUAAUAGAGAAUAUUAGACAGUGACUGAUCUAUUAUCUAAAAUUGGAGGUUUGUCUUAAUCAGUGAUUUCUAUUGUAGGAGUAAUAAUUACUUAUUAUAAUAGAGCAUAAUGUAAUUAAUAAGUAGUAUAUAGUUUAUUUGGAUAUAUCUAAUCGUCUUUAUGAUUAUGAUUUUAAUGGAGAAAAUGAUCAGGGUACCAAAGGUUCAGGAUUAGUUGAUCCAUUACAUUAUAGUGUUUAACUUCAUUAAGAAACAUCUCAACCACUUAAGAAAAAGAGGAAAGUUGUAGACAAAACAAAUAUUAUAAAAUAGCCAGAAGAAGAUUCUAUGGAUGAAGAUCCUCAAUUCAAAGAAAGAGUAUUGAGAGUAGUAGAGGAGUAGAAGUAAAUCAUGGAUAAGUAUCAAUUUAAGAGUAGGAAACAUUUUUUAUUAUCAACUUUCUAAUAAACUAUAUUGAUGAAAUAAUCUAUUUAACUUAAUCUCAAAUACUUUUUUUAGAAACUCUUUUGUAAAAAAUCUGAUCCUAAAGAAGAUCCUCGUUUGUAUGUAUUAUAAAAGGCUUUGACUUCAGUUAGACAAGAAUUAGAUGUAUUUUCAAUCUUAAAUCGAAUUCAUCAAUUAGAAAAAUUGAAGAAAAUCCUUUUAGACAGAGAUCAAUUAAUUUUAUUUAAUUAUUCCCCUAAACCAGUAAUUGCUGUUAAUGAUAAAGACAAGGAAACUGAUUUCUUACAUUAUUCUAAACAAUAAUCUCUUAAGCAAAUGACUUUAGUAGAUAUAGCAGAAGAUAUUAAAAAGAAAUUAAAAUCAACUUAUAUUACAAAAGAACAUCUCAGUAUUGAAAAUGUGUUUAAUUCAUAUAAGGCAAUAGCUGCCAAGAAUAGAAAGUCCAAUCGUUAUUAUUAUAAAAUCAAUAGGAAAUUGAAAUAAUUCUUAGGUGAUCAAGUAAAGGCUAUCUUUAAAGCUUCCAAAUUAUUAAAGUUUCCUGAAGAUGAUUAGAUUCCAGAUAUGGGAAUAGAUGAUAUUAUGUCAGUGGGAGGUGAAACAGUAGCCUAAUAUCCUUUGAGUAUUCGUCCAUCUGUGAAUAUAAAUCAUCAAUACUAAUGAUAAUUAAUAUAUAUUAACGAAUUUAUAUAUGUCUGUUAUUUUCGAAGACAUCGAGGUAUUUAUACAUCCUACUAGUUAGAAUUUAAACUAUCUACAAUUUCAAUUUAACUAAGCCUUACGAUUAGGCAAAUUCAUAUACUAUAUAGGUACUGCUUUAGUAUAAGUUAGAGAAUUCUCUUCUUCGUAAGGUUAGCUUCAUUGAAAACAAUUGCUCAGAUAGUGUCAUAGUAUAGGCUGAAGUUUCAAUGAUCUGUACAGAUGGCAAACUUAUAUACUCCUUAUUAUGUAACAACAAUUUUAUAAUCAUAUUAGAGAAUGGAGACAUCUAUUAAAUUGAAUAGCCACCUCGUCUCCUUAAAAGUGGAAAUAAUUAUAAGUGGAUCUCUCCUAUAGCAGCAAUUGAUCAAUCUCAUAGAGGUUUCAUUUGGAAAACUAAUAAACAAAUAUAUAGUCAUUGUAAACAUAUUUCCUCUUACCAGGAUCGCAUUACUCUAAUUACAAUUGGUGGUAAGAUAUUUAAUGUUGUUGCUGAUAAAACUAUCCCAAUACCAUAAUUGAAUGGAUUAAAAUUGAAUACAUACUUUAAGAAAUCCUUGCUAUUCUCUUUUGGUGGAGUGGCCAUAACAGAAAGUGGAGAAUUUUAUCUAUUCAAUCAAAAGAUGAUCAGAGUUAAAAUAAAGGAUAUAAAAGAUAUCUUUUCUACUGAUAAGUACAUCUUUGCUAUUCAAAAUAAUCAUACAAUUUUACAAUAUUCUAUUGAAGACAUUCAAUCUCAUCAAUUCUUUACUAAUUAAUAGAUCUUUUAAAAAAUGCAUUAUUGUAAUGAUGUAGAAUUCAAAUGUAAACAGAAACAAUUUCAAAACAUUUCUAUACUUCAAUCAGAAUAUUCUUGCUCUUCUUUUGCAUACAUUAAAGAAAAUAAGAUUCUUGAUACUAGUCUCAAUUUAACUGACAAAACAAAUUAAGUUCACAAUAAAAGUAAUAGUAUACUUAUAAUGAAAUAAUCUUUAUUUGAUGAUUGGGAUUGCAAAAAGAAAAUCUUGGAUUCUAGAAGAUCUACUACAAUAGAUAAAUAACCAUAAACAGAGUGUAUAAAUGAGGGAUCAACAUUAACUUUGGCAUAAAAAUUAGCAACUAUAAGAGAGAGUUUAAAUUUUGAAAAACCAAUACCAGUAUAAAUUGAGAAAGAUAAAAAAGAUCGUAAUAGAUAAUAAAGUCUUAUUCAAUUACAUUAAGUGUAGAUUGAAGAUCUACCUUAAAAUCCUACUCCUAUAAAAUUGGAUAAUUUACUUAAUAAAAUUCAUGUUAAUAAACCAGAAAAACCUAUUGAUUAAUUAUUAUUAAUAUAAAAUAAAUAAGAAUUGUAAGAUUCAUUACCAACCUUUUAAAAUGAUAAUUAAUUUACUAAUAAUAAUGAUACUUUAAAUAAUAAAAAAAAAUCUAAAUAAAAUAAUUGUACUUCAAGAUCAAAUAGAAGAUAAGAUAGUUUGUCAGCAUAAUCUGGCAUAGAAUUUUAAAAUAAUAGUGGAUUUAUUUAAUAAUAAGAUAGUUUUGUAGAUAUUUUAGAUAAUGAUUCAAUUAAGAAAGAUCUUCCUUUACAAUUAUAACCAUUUGAUAAAUCUAAUAAAUAUAAGAAAAAUACAUUAGAUACUAUUCAAUCUUAUGAUAAUGAAUAAGAUCCUAAAACUACUAAUAGAUUAUCAAAUAAAAAGGAUUAAGUACUUUAAUUAAGUAAUAGAUCACCAAACAAGAAAACAAUUAGAGACCCAUUAAUUACUGAAAGAAGUUCAACUAAAAGAAAUAUUGAAUAGGCAAAAUAAGAUUUAGAAACUUUGGUUAAUAUGAUUAAUAAAUAAAAAGAAAACACUGAAAUAUCAAAAUCUAAUAGUAUUGUUCAUGUUAAAUAAAAAUCAAGUAUAAGGAUGAUAUCACCUCCUAUAUAAGUAGGAUCUUCAUUGACUAGACCUGAAAGUAAAAUAACACCAUUAAAAAAUAGAAGGGCAUCUCUUAUUAGUGAAAGUUCUCAAUAAGAAUCAUUUAAAAUGCCUUAAAGGAUAUCAAAAUAAAAUAUAUCUUCAAAAUUAAAUACUUAAUAAUCAUUCAAUUCAUCAAGUUAACAUUCUUAAUUCUAAUUUGAUUCUUAAAAUUUUAGAUAAUUGAAUACUUUAUAAGAUUAAGAAUCAUAAUUAGAUUUAAAGAGUGCUAAGACUAUAUUUGAUUAAUCACUUACUUAAUAGAUGAAAAAAUUAGAUUAAUUAAAAGGAUUAAAAAAAGUUUAAUGUUCAUCAUAAGUAAACAUAUUACGUAACAACAGUUUGAAUAAGAAAUCAAGUAUUAUUGUUAAUACUUAAUAAAAAUAAUGUAAAUAGAAUUUGAGAAAACAAGAAGCAAUAUUAAAGAAAUUAUUCUUUCGAUUAGAUGUUAGAUUAAAACUUUAAUAAUUAGAGUUUGUGAAUAAUUUGAAAUGUUUACUUUGA